CAAUUUGAAGUAUCUGGCAGAAGUCUGGGUUGGGUGAAGCCCCUGUUAUUUCUUUAUUUAGGAGGAAUUUACCACGUUGGUCCGUCUGAUUUUGAUCACUGGUGAAUUUACUACAAGACUAAAAUGUUCGCUUCAUCGAGACUGGUUGCGAUUCCCAGGUUAAGGAUUUCUUCGAGAUAUUUCACGACGGCAAAGUUUACUUGCCAAAACAACUGUGUGUCUACUCGAGCUCGCUCGGUACCGCACGUACACGUAGGCCAGUUAGCAUGGUUAGGCAACAUGCAUGACUUGAGCGGCUCACGAGUAGGCCUAUUGAGUUCUUUUGCAGCUUUUCGAGCGUAUGCUACCGGAAAAGAAGUGGAAAAAAUACAAGAGCCCCAGACCUCGAGAACAGGGAGUGAAAGUUCAACUUCGUCCGAGAGUGCAACUGUACGUGCCAGAGCACCAACCAACAUAGAACGAAAAAUAUUUGUGUGGACGGGAAAGUACAAGACGGUGGAUGAAGUGCCUGAACUAGUCUCUGAGGCUGCCCUUAUGAGCUCUAAGACCAAAUUCCGCAUCUACAUCAACCUGGGCAUGGGUGCGGCCACGCUCCUGGCAGCUAUCUCUAUGAUCAUCAUGGGCCGGUCUCGGGCUAAGAAGGGCGAAAGCGUAUCGGGGAUGAACAUGAAGCGACACCGGGAGAUGUACAGCCGGACGGCUGCUGCGGAAGAUGCCCAGAAAUAAACGAGACUCUUUAGAAGAGUUUGCUUGCGUACUUCUGUUGUUGCAAGCAGCUGAAAGUGAAAAGUGUGACCGAUUGUGCACUGCAUUGUGCUGACUCAAUCUACGUUGUCUUUUUAAAAAUAGUUAAGCUAUUAAAGGUGUGAGCACUAUCUCAUCAGAUUCAUUUUUGCCGACAUGACACUUUCCACCAGAGGUGUGUGUAGCAAUAUUAUGAGAUAGUAGGAUUCAAAUGCAAUGAAGGACUAGCUUUCAUCAAAUGCCAGGUCUAGAUGAUGGCUGUCCAACUGUUUUUGAACAGACCAACUAGAUCAUGUUUGCUAGCAUGGUAACCAGUAGAUUGUACUGCCAAACUGAGCCAACUGUUCCGGUGCAGGCAUUCCAGUGUGCUCAGAAAAUGUUUUUGUCUGCAGAAGCAUCUACAUGCAUUAAAGUAGGGAGGUUUUGUGCAGGAGGAGGGUGGCUCAUUGUACUUUAAUUUUAGCUUGCAGCUGAACUUGCGCAAUGUACAUGUAUGUGUGGGAUUGGUUUCCCGUACACCCUCAGUGUUGUAAAUAAUGAAGCUUAAGUGAUUUAUGUACCAGGCAAAUAAGCCAUUGGUUUCAGGGUGUGUUUUCUAAUUCUAAAUCUGGGCUUCAUCUCCAAUGCGGCAUCAGGCUUCAGUUUUUGGGUUUAUUUAACCCGAUAGAAAACAUGUUGAGACACUGAUGGGUAUCAAACAUCAACGAACAUGGUGUAGUUCCAUAGCUAAGUGUGGCCUAAGUGUUGUUUACCAAAAAUACAGCCGAUUUUUGGUAUAGUGCUCAGAACAUCAAUCGGAUGCGGAGUACUGUACUGACCAUCAGCUUUACUUUUGGUAAAUGAUACUUGUACACACUGUCCUAUUGGAAGACACUAUGUUUGCUGAUGUUUGAUACCCGCUGUAAGUCAUGUGACCUAAAGGGCACACUCGAUCUGUUGGGUGUUGUAUGACUAGUCACUGAUCUGCCAUUGGCGUGCCACAGAAGCUAGCCAGUCACACCUCCUUGGACAACAGACAACUUUCCUUCCAGAUAAAGGGCAUUAUGAAAUUGCGACCUCUGCCAUUGAUUUUACACUGCAGUGUACAACAUUCUAUAGCCGAUGAGUUUUCAGUAGCCCUCCAAAAAAUGAUUUCAUUUUCAACCUCCUAGGGAGGGAAUGCAGCAUGUUUUCAGUCUACCCUAUGGUGAGCCCCAAACCCCUUACAAUGCUCUGAUUCAUCAUUAAGCUAUGUUCAAGACUCCCAUCGGGAAUCUGGGUCCUUUUUUUUUCAGAGCAAGUAAUAGAGGGAUUUCAUAUUAGCGCCGUCUGUGCAUAUUUGCAUCGAAACCGAGGCUCUCUGUGUUGAACUUCGUUGGGCGCGCCCGCAGAGUCCACACAGUACAUGGAGUAUCCG